GUGUGCAGGCUCAGAAGCUCCAGAACAUAAUCAUGAAGUAUUUCAUUCUCCUCGCCUUGCUGGCUGCAGUGUCUGCUGCUCCCAUUGAGGAUGACAGGAUCAUCGGAGGCUAUGAGUGCAGGAAGAACUCUGUGCCCUACAUUGCUUCUCUGAACAUUGGCUACCACUUCUGUGGAGGCUCCCUGAUCUCCAGCAGCUGGGUGGUGUCUGCUGCUCACUGCUGGAAGUCAAGCAUCCAGGUCCGUCUUGGUGAGCACAACAUUGCCGUGGUUGAGGGCACCGAGCAGUUCAUCAACUCUGCUAAGGUGAUCCGUCACCCCAAUUACAGCAGCCGCACCCUGGACAAUGACAUCAUGCUGAUCAAGCUGGGCAUGCCCGCCGCCCUGGACAGCGCCACCAACAUUGUGUCUCUGCCCUCCAGCUGUGCUAGCGCUGGAACCUCCUGUCUGAUCUCUGGAUGGGGAAACACCAGCCCCUCUGGAAGCUACUACCCUGAUCGUCUGAUGUGCCUGGAUGCCCCCAUCCUGAGCGACACCAGCUGCAAGAACGCCUACCCUGGAGAGAUCACCGCCAACAUGUUCUGUGCUGGAUUCCUCGCGGGAGGCAAGGACUCCUGCCAGGGUGACUCUGGUGGCCCCGUGGUGUGCAACGGUCAGCUGCAGGGUGUGGUGUCCUGGGGUUAUGGCUGUGCCCUGAAGGACAAGCCUGGUGUGUACACCAAGGUCUGCAACUACAACACCUGGAUUAAGAACACCAUGGCCUCCAACUAAAGUUCCUUUACAGCCAUUUAUUGUGAAACAGAGAGGUGAAUGUUGCUUUAAUGAAUAAAGAAAAUCAUCAAUAACUAA